GCAUCUAUGCGUGAAUGACAGAAAAUGUCAGUCUUAUUUCGCCCCCUAUAUCGUGAAUCAGUUUAUAGUCAACACGAAUCGCUCACUGGAAAAUAUUCUUAAAGUGAUUCACGUUCUGCUCAAAACUGUGUGAAUGCAACGAGAUCAAGAAACACGUGUGAUGACAGCUAUUACAAACCAGCUGCCUAAAGUUAAUGAAAGUGUAAUAUUGAAUAUAAUUUAAAUGAGCGUCCGACCACAGAGGAAAAACGCCUGGUGAAGCUGCUGAGAUCCACAUGACUCACUAUUAUAAAGAUGGCGCUUAUUAAAGAGGAGAGUGAAGACUUGAAGAUUGAAGAAGCAUUCAAAGUCAAACAUGAGGAUACUGAGACUCAAACAGACCUGAUGGUGCUGAAAGAGGAGUGUCAAGGAGACAAAGAUCAGCAUGAGGAAUAUUGUGACUUCAAAACUGAAGAAAAAUCUUCUUGUUGCUCACAGACUGAAAAGACUUUGUCCAAAAAAAGAGCUCGAAAGAAAGCAACCGGAAGUAAUUUCAUCUGCUGUCACUGUGGAAAGAGAUUUGAUCAACAAGAAAACCUUAAAGUCCACAUGAGAAUUCACACCGGAGAGAAGCCUUACACCUGCCAGCAUUGCGGAAAAAAGUUUUAUCAACAAGGAAACCUUAAAGUCCACACAAGAAUUCACACUGGAGAGAAGCCCUACACCUGCCAACAGUGUGGAAAAAGUUUCAACAAGAAAGGGAACCUUAAAGUCCACAUGAGAAUUCACAAUGGAGAGAACCCUUUCACCUGCCAACAAUGUGGAGUAAGUUUCACUCAAAAAGGAAGCCUUAAAAUCCACAUGAGAAUUCACACAGGAGAGAGUCCUUUCACAUGCCAAGAGUGUGGAAAAUGUUUUAUUCGAAAAGGAAGCCUUCGAAGCCACACAAGAAUUCACAAUGGAGAGAAGCCUUACUCCUGCCCACAAUGUGGAAGGAGAUUUACACACAAACCAACCCUUAAUGCCCACAUGAGAACUCACACUGGAGAGAAGCCGUUUGUCUGUGCUCAGUGUGGAAAGAGUUUCCGAUAUCAUUUAAGCCUUAAUAACCAUAUGAGGACUCACUCCAGAGAGAGCCGUUUUAGAUGUCUGCACUGUGGAGAGAGUUUCACAGACCGGAAACACCUCAAGAAUCAUGUAAUAACUCACACUGGAGAGAAACCUUACAUGUGCCAUCACUGCAGCAAAACUUUCAAAAACAAAUCAUCUCUUGAUAGCCACAUGAGAGUUCAUACUGGAGAGAAGCCUUUCAGCUGCCCUCAGUGUGGAAAGAGUUUCACACUUAAAGGAAACCUUAACAUUCACAUUAGGAUUCACACUGGAGAGAAGCCUUUCACAUGUCUUCAGUGUGAGAAGAGUUUCAUGUAUAAAAGUGACCUGAAGCGUCAUUUGCAAACUCAUUCUGCAUAGAAAUUACAGUGUCUUUCAGUGUGGUAAAAGGUUUAGAAAAAGAAGCAAUUUCAAAAUCAUUUGUGUAUUUACUCUGGAGGAAAUUUAUUUUUCAAAACCAUUAAUUUUUGAUCAGUACAGUAUUUUUUUUGUGUGUGUUCUUUAUUGAACUCCUGUGGAAAGAUCUUUAAAGUCCUUUAAGUGUAAUUAAUCAAUAAUUGUAUCCUUCAAAACUCAUUUUUGAACAUUAAAAUGACAUAUUUGAAACUUUUUUUUUUUUUUUCUCUGAAAAUUUUUCUUUCAUGCCUUAAAAUAGCUUGAAUGUAACUCUAUGCUAGGGAGGGCCACUGUACUGCAGAGUUUAGCUCUUACACGCCUGCCAGGAAGUGUCCAAUAUGCCUAGUAAGACCUUGAUUAGCUGGUUCAGGUGUGUUUAAUUGGAGUUGGUACUAAAUUCUGCAGGACACUGGCCCUACAGUAGCAGGAUUGGACACCCCUGCUUUACGCCCUCGUUUUAUUUAGUAUACGUCGAUAUAUGAAUAUACAAAUUAAUCCCUGCCUCAACUCAAUCACACCAGCUCUGUCUACCUGAUUCAGUCGUUCAACUGUUGUAAAUGCUAUACAAUGGCAAGUGGAAAUAUUGGUGUAAUUCGACUGUAUGUUUAAACCAGAAACUACCGUAUUGUCCCGAAUAUAAGACGACCCUGAUUAUAAGACGACCCCCCUUUUUCCAGAUGUACCUGUUGGAAAAAGGCUUUUUGAAAACCAAAUCUUGUUUUUUGUUUUUUUUUCUCUCUCUGUAAAACACAUUCAUUCUUAAAUUAUUUUCAUAUUGCAUAUUUUUCCAAUUCUAAUUUUUGUUUUGAAAGUAUGGUAAAUACUGGUAAAAUGUACCAACAAUGACAUUGGAAAAUUUUGAUAUACCAUUGAAAUAACAGGUAGCCCAUCUGAAUUAUAUAACAAUUAGUCUAUCCAUCUCAUAGUAGCCUACCAAAAUGUUAUUAUCAGUAGACGUGAAAUCUUAUUGUAGUCUUCAAAUCUGGGUACUGUCUUAUGUUUUAAAAUCACUUACAGAGGAAGUUUGGUCCCAUCAGACUAACAUGACAGUCACGAUCAUGCUGCUGUAAGCUUUUCUUUUUCAUUUGUUUUCAUUCGCGAUCUUUACAGCACACAUUACAUAUUUCAUGGCACACUCGUUUUAUGUGUUUUUGGCGCCACCUAUAUUGUUGUGGGUGUAUUAUUGACAUGUCAAAGUCUAGACCCUGAACAUAAGACGAACGCAUUUUUUCAGAUGUAUUUCCAAGGAAAAAACAUCGUCUUAUAUUCAGGUCAAUACGGUAAUUCAUUGGAAGAGCGAAUUAUACAGGCUUGUCGACAAGUAGAUGUGUCAGAAUGGUAAUGCAUUUUAUUUAUUACUGUCUUCAGAGUCAGACACAUGACGGUAAUUGAUAUGAUUAGCCUUUGGCUUGACUACAUUAUCACAGCUAAUAAUGUUUCUUAUGUGAAACAAACCAUGUUCCCAUUCCCAUUAAACCAGCUCAAACCAGCAGCCAUGCUUCAAAACUUACCUAACCAGCAUAUGCUGUUUUUUUUUUUCAACAGGGCUCUGUCCCCAAAACUGAUCAUAUUAAAUUGGAAAGUAGGCCUUGAUAUUAGAGGUACUACCAUAAGAAAAGCAAAAUUUUAAGCAGGUAGAUCUCUUGUUAGUUCAUGUGCAUCCAAGACCAACAUACUGUAAUUUAAUGCACAAACAUAAUAGAUGCAGUAAGAUGAUGAACAAUGCAAGUUUUAGUUAAUUGUUUAACAUU